AUGUCCAUUCGUGUGUCUGUCACUGCUUCUGCUUGUUCGCCUGUUUGCCUGUCCAUCUGUCCGCCUCGUUCAUGCCCAUCAUACAAGUCCAUCCAGGCGGUCUUGCCUGCCUCUGCAUUCUGCCAGUCUGGCUUUCACUCCCCACUCCAAUCGCAUACUUUACUCCACCCCGGCCUACUCGAGGCACACCUGCGCACCCACCCCUCCACCUCCCCUAUUCCCACCCACCCCUUCUAUUCUACCACCACUUACUCCUUCACGGUUGGCGUUGCUGGCCCGUCUGUCUGCUCCCUUGCGACUAUGGGCAAGGUAGGCGCGCAUAAAGGGAACACAAAUCUGGAGAGCAACCAUUCUGGCAAGCAGACAAAUCAAGAUGCGGGCAUGUAUAUCUUUUCAGUUGUUUUACGAAUAUGUAUCUUUCCCGUUUUUGUGACAACUGGAAUGUGCCUCCGCCCUUGGUUCAAAGGUCAACAAGCGGUUGCGAACGUGUGGUUAGCGAGCUACGAAUCGCGGAAGCGUUGGCGUCUGGAUCUGGGCGGAGCGGUCAGGGCAGAUGAGCAAGUGGGCUCGAUGACCGAGCCCGGCCGAUCACAUAUGCUCAGGCAAUAA